AUAGUUAUGGCAGCGCAAAAAAAAAGUACGAAAUAAUUACAGUUUUGGAGGUUUGUGAAACCUCUGCCUAUUGUGGAGGCUUUUGGUUCCUUUGAAGCAAUCAAUGACCUCUCUGUCUCUCAUUUGCCAGCAAAGAGAGAUUGUUUAAUGUUGUUUAUGGUUCACAUUUUUAUACAUCACAUUUUCACUGAAUCUUCCCUCUGCGUCUCUCUCAGGAGGAAGAAGAACACUUAGUUGAGAGCAGAAGAAGCAAUAUAUUUGAGAGAGAAGGGUUUUCUUGUGGUAACAAUGGAAGGAGGUGAAGAGUUUCAAGAAGAGGAAGUGUGGUCAGUUCUGAGAGAAAAAGAACCUUCAGGUCCUGAAAUGAGAAUGUCCAAAACGAAAAGUAACAACAAUCUCUUCUCAGCCUCUUCUUCUUCUUCUUCGUCUUCUGCACGGUACAUUCCCAAGGGCAACGAGCUGGUCACUGGAGGAGGAGGGGCAAAGCAGUCUUCUGCUCCAAUGAAUAUUCCUGACUGGUCCAAGGUUUAUGGAUAUCCAAAGAAGAGCACAAGCAGCCACUUGCAUCCGUGGGCCACUGACGAAGACGACGAAGGCUCAAUGGUUCCUCCACAUGAAUUGGUAGCAAAAAGACUCGCGAGAACGCAGAUCUCAUCUUUCUCAAUGUGUGAAGGCAUCGGAAGAACACUCAAAGGAAGAGAUCUCAGCAAAACAAGAAACGCUGUCUUAACAAGAACUGGCUUCUUGGAAUCCAAUAUCACUUCUUCUUCAUCAAGUACAUCAUCACCACCGUAGUUUAUGGCAUGGCAUGAAAGCAUGGGGGCACAAAACCCUCUUUUUUACCAUACCACCCUACCAUAUCAUUAUCAUGAAAAGAAAAAACAAAACCUAAAAGUUUAUGGUAUCCACAUGAUUUUUAAUUUAAAUAUCAAUGUUGAUAUUGUCGUUAUCACCAUGUAGGGAAUCAUGACACUACCAAUAUGGUUGAGCUCUCUUUCUUUUCUUUGUUGUUGUUAGGUUUUUUGGAUUUUUAGA